AUGUUGAGUCUUUCGAAUAUCGCGCUUGCGUCAAUCCUAGCGAUUGCGGAGGUUGGGAGUGCUCAGACAACCAUCGGAUUUGGGCCUCACUUCUCUCUAGGACCAGUUUCGGCAUCCUCUUGGAUUCGGGAGUCCUUUACCACCUUGGUUCUACCGGCCAUUCCUUCGCCACGGGCGGAUCGGCUCGCUCUCUGGCCCGGUAUGGGUACCAGUGGCGGCGAUCUCAUUCAGGCUUUGGCUGUCUCCUUUGAUAACCCAAACGCAAAUUGCGGCGCACGUGUCGGCCAAUGGUGCACUUGGGCCAGUACUUUAAAAGGCACACAACUUGGCGGCAGACAGGUUCCUGCCAACCCGGGCGAUCAAUUGACGAUCCACUAUCAAUUCAAUGACCGUACCGGGAAGUAUGACCAAUCAGUUGCUUUAAACGGAGUAAUCGUUUCUACCCUCUCAACUAGUGAUGGCCAUGCACAGGGCUGGGGUACCGCUGUCGAGUGCCAGGAAAAGGCGUGUAAAAGCUAUGUGCCUGCUCAUCGUUAUUUGUCGACAAAAAUAAUUCUGGAUUCGGCAGACCCAGCUUUUGGAAAGACCCUCGUCCUCAAUGAAGCCCGCACAAGUGGCCUCACAACAACAGAUGGCGGCAAGACUUGGACAGUAGCAACUAUCGACAUUGGUGCUCACACCUUCAAUAUCUGA